AUGUUGUAUGGCUGUGCUUCUCCGUCCCCCAGGAGUGUCCAGCUGCAGGGGGCUGUCACCUCCAUCACCCUCCGUGGUCAGGGUCACCAGUUCUUCGUGGGCACCUCUGAGGCACAGAUCUACCGUUUCAACUUUCCGGAAUUUAAAGAAGAGCUUAUAGCUACUUGUCACAGCGAAGCCAUCAACGACAUCGUCUUCCCCUUUGGUACUUCAGAGCUGUUCGCCACAUGUGCCAAAAGUGACAUCCGUGUUUGGCACACAGCCAGCAACAAGGAACUGCUGCGGAUCACCAUACCCAACAUGACCUGCAACGCCAUUGAAUUUACAAGAGACGGCAAGAGCAUCCUAUCAGCCUGGAAUGAUGGAAAGAUCCGUGUAUUCACACCCGAAAGUGGACGACUCAUGUACCAGAUAGAAAAUGCUCACAGCAUGGGAGUGACCGCCAUCGCAGUGACGAGCGACUGCAAGAGGAUUGUGAGCGGAGGAGGGGAAGGACAGGUGAGAGUGUGGGAGGUCGGCAGAGAAAGCCAUCGGCUCGUAGAAUCCAUGAAGGAACACAAGUCGGCUGUAACUUGUAUCAAACUGAAGAGCAACAACCGGGAAUGUGUAACGGCCAGCUCGGAUGGAGCCUGCAUCAUAUGGGACCUUGUGAGGUUUGUACGGAAACAGAUGAUCUUAUCCAAUACAUUGUUCCGCUGCGUCUGUUACCACCCCGAGGAAUUCCAGAUCAUCACCAGCGGCACUGACAGAAAGAUCGGGUACUGGGAAGUGUUCGAUGGCUCACCAAUAAGAGGUCUUGAGGGAUCCAUGUCUGGCUCCAUCAACGGAAUGGACAUAAGUGACAGCGGAAGCCACUUUGUGACAGGUGGGGACGACAAACUGGUAAAAGUUUGGGAUUACAACGAGGGUGAGGUGACCCAAGUGGGUAUUGGCCACAGUGGCAGCAUCAGCCAGCUAAAGAUCUGCCCCCUCUCCAAAUACAUCAUCAGCGUCAGCAACGACGGUGCUAUUCUGCGCUGGAAAUACCCGUAUCCCGUCUAG